GCUUCACCGCCAGUCUGAAAGCCCAACAUAUUUAAGUGUUAGCACGAUGUGCUAAAAUGUUAUCAACAGAUUCCUGUCAGAUUCCACCAAAUGCUGAGAAUAUAGAGCAGUCUGGUUUUUCCUGUGGAAAUCACUUGUUAAAGCCUGAAGCUGCAGCGGAUCAACAAGCGCCACAAUGUGCGCCACUCAGUGGCAAACAACGCCGGACCUUUCUGAAGAAGGAAAGAAGAAAAAGAAAAAGACAAGCUCUUGCUAAACUUCGAGAAUGUAACACUGUUGAUGGGUCAGAGAAUGAACAAGAUCUUGACGAUAAUGAAAAGGAGGAACUCAGUGAGCAGCUACACCAGGAGUGGCUGGAAAGAGAAAGAAUUGCUCAGGAGGAAUUCAGACUAAGUAGAGAGAAAGAGGAGGCUGCUCAGACGAGAAAGGAGGAGGAAGAGAAGAGGAUCAGGGAGGAAUGGGAGGAACAGCAGAGGAAAGAGAGAGAGGCACAGGAGCAGAAACAUCAAGAAAAGAAAGACAGAGAGGAAGCCGUACAGAAACUGUUGGACCAAGCGGAAAGCCAGUUAGAAAAUGGAGGUUCAUGGAAAAAUCCAGAUGCCCCGAUAGAUUAUGGGACAGAAAAGGAUAAGGCCAAUUGCCCCUUCUACCUUAAAACUGGAGCUUGCAGAUUUGGAGACAGGUGUUCCCGAAAGCAUAAUCAUCCAGUUUCAGGUACUACAUUAAUGAUUCGAAGCAUGUUUGUGACAUUUGGGAUGGAGCAGAGCAAACGCGAUGACUACGACACAGACUCAAGUCUAGAGUACAGUGAAGAGGAGAUGCAGCAGCAGUUUCUGGAGUUCUAUGAUGAUGUCCUUCCAGAAUUCAGAAAUGCAGGGAAAGUUGUCCAGUUCAAGGUGAGCUGCAACUUUGAACCUCACCUGAGAGGCAAUGUUUAUGUACAGUAUGAAACUGAGGAUCAGUGCACAGAGGCCUUCAGAAUGUUUAAUGGUCGGUGGUAUGCAGGAAGGCAACUACAGUGCGAGUUCUCUCCUGUAACCAAAUGGAAAAAUGCUAUAUGUGGGCUUUUUGACCGACAGCGGUGUCCAAAGGGGAAGCACUGCAACUUCCUACAUGUGUUUCGAAACCCUGGUAAUGAGUUCUGGGAGGCUGACCGUGACCUGCAUUUGUCUUCUGACCGUGGUGGAAGCCUGAGUGGCCGGCGCAGGAUGUCAUCACAGCGUAGCUACAGCCCUGACAUUCAUCGCAGACGCAGUGAAAGGAGGAGCCACAGUCGUGAGAAGUACAGUUAUAGAAGGUGGCGGAGUCGUAGCCGUGACAGGCGGAGUCGAAGCCGCAGCAGGCAGAGCAGAAGCCGUAAGAGGCGGAGUCGUAGCCGCAACAGGCGGAGUCAAAGCCACGACAGGCGAAGCCGUAGCAGAAGCAGAGAGAAUCGUAGGUCCCAGCAUUCAGUGAGAAAGGAGAGUACUUACUUAAAUAAUCGAGGCAGGAGAAGCAGAAGCCGUGAGAGGUCACAGGGCAGAGACAAAGAAACUGAUUGUCAGAGUGAAAGUUGCCAUUCACAAAUAGAUUCAAGAACCAAACCAUCUAAGAAAGGUGAAUCGAACAUCGCUGAACAGGAUUCAAAAAAUGGAUCUGUCGAGAGGAAGAGCAGAAAGACUGAGAACAAAAGCCCAAGAAAUGGUGAUGCUGCCUCAGCAGAAGCAAAAUCCCCCUCACAUCACCACAAAAAAUCAAAAAAGAGCAAGAAAAAGAAAAAAAGCAAAAAGAAACAAAAGCAAAAAAGGAGCAAAUCCGUCAGUGCUAGUUCUUCUGCAGGUUCUGGUAACGAGUCAGAUGAUGAUGAUCAAUUGACGUUAAAAGACCAAGAUGAACAAAAGACACAAACUCCUGCAGUUGAGGGUGAAACGGAGUCUCUUGUAUUGCUUCAACAACUGGAUGUAAUUCAGAAUACACUUGAUGAUAUUGCUGUCGAGAAUAAAAAAUGAGCUUCGUUUAUGAAAUGUGUGGUCAUGGAAAAACUACCAAUGUGGACAUAUCUCUUAAUUACUGAGCUCUAGGUGUUUAGGCCACACCAAGAUGUUUAGAAAUAAUUUAUUUAAAAUAAACAAUAUGCUUUAAUUAGUGGCAAUCCUGUUCCCUGUGCACAAUAUAUGAGAUCCAAUAAUACAUGGUUUGACAGGUUAGGUGUAAAAACUCCAAGGGCCUGCAUAGAGCUCUAAUCUUAGCCCCACUGAGAUGAAUUGGAUUAAUGAUUGCAAGCCAGAUCUUCUUGUCCAACUUCACUGCCUGGCCUCACAAAUGCUUUUCCGACUAUACAGGGACAAAAACCCACAGACAAACUCCAAAAUAUUGAUUAAAACCUUCCCAAAAUUCAGACCUGUUAUUUUUUAUAUAAUGCCUUUCCAGCAACCUCAUGGUCGGCCACUCACAAAUGUUGGGCCAUGUGGUGUACAUUUCUUUGUUACUGUUUUGCCUGGUAGUUUGGCUAAAACUAUUUUUAUGUGUUUUGAAAAUUGAUGUAUAUAUUGGACGUGUAAAUAAAUGAUUUUGGUUUUCUGGUA